AUGGAUCAACUCGCUGACUCGGGUUUGGGCGAGGACUUUGACGACUAUAAUGAUUGGCAUCUACCUGGUGAGCUACCUUGUUCUAGCUCGGAUGACAAAGACGAGCAAGAAGCAAGAGUUUCAACAGUAGCAAGUUCAUCAUUGUCGAAUAAAUGGACUCGCAGACGAUUCGUCGGUAAACCCAUGCCUACACUGAUCUCGGAGUCGACGGAAGAGGUACCUACUUACUCCAAGUGA